UUGACCCGAUCUCAUCUGCUCUGCCCUUGUAGAUGAUGGAGCAAACGCUGCACAAACAGACAACGACAACACGCUCCACGAGCGGCGCUGGCGGGCGGACAACUGAAGCGCCGAGCAUAACGUCAGCGUCAGGGGGGUCGGUGGGGGUAAUACCCGGUGGCAGCAGCAAUAGCUCCUCGUCCUCAUCCUCAACCGUAUCGUCAGCCACCUGCUCCGCGAAUGCCACCACAAUUGUUGCCAAGCAACGUCCGCCGCCGCUUAAGACGGCCACGACAACCGUUACAACGACGCUGGUCAGCAGCAACGAAGGCGGACAACCGUUGCCACCAUCAUCAUCAUCAUCAUCAGCAGCGGGUGCAAUGCAUGCCACAGGCGGUGGCAGCUAUCGUGGCACCACAACACUGACAACGCCAUCAACUCCACGCAUCGAAUUGAGUCGAGCGUCGAGUUCGUCGCAUCACGAGGAGGACAGUCGUGAGAGUAGUCCGGAGAAUGUGUUCGAGCAGGUCGGCACUGGCACCCUACAGGAAACCAUUGGCCUCGGUUUUCGCGAGGAGGGCGCCUUGGAGCUUCGCAGCUCCACCGAGGAGCUUUAUUUUAUGGAUCCCGAGCAAAAGAAAGAGGAGCAGGAGCGCCUCCAACAACAGCAGCAACAACAACAACAACAACAACAGCAGACGAAGCGCUCCUCGCCACACAUCUUCAAGUUUGAUGACCAUCAGAGUUAUCUGCAACAGCAUCAGCGCAAGGAUUCAGCCAGCUCCGAGGUGGCUGCUCUCUUGUGCAUCUCGGGACGCACCAGUCGCAUCUCAAGUGUUGGCAGUCAAGGCUCUGCGGUUAGUCGCCUCUCUGCCGUCUCCUGUGUAUCACGCUCCCCCUCGCCGCAUCGCAUGCUCCUCGAGACAUCGUUCUGUGGUCCGAAACCCGUUGAGCCCGGCACCGAUGGCGUUGCCAGUAAUGCCUCAACGGCACCUAGCUCGGCAAAGAGCUUGGGUGAGGCCACUUUGGCCGUGGAGCAGCUGCUGUUGGCACGCACCAAGCAUGAUCCCACCCAGGUGGUGUUAGCCGAGGGCAUACAAAUGCAACCGCAAUCAACAGCCGUAUCCGCUAGGAAGGUCAAACCCAUUGCACUGCCCAAUGGCGAUAGCAAACCCUCGUCCAGUGGCAGUCAAUCCAAGGCCAGUGGGUCCUCGAAUGUAAUGGGUGCUCAGCGUCGUAGCACCAAGAGUCCCGGCCAGAUGGUCAUCGGAAAAACACCCAGUGGCACGGAAUAUAUACGCAUCAAUUUGCGUCCGGAUCACAUGUACAGCGACAAGGGAAUUGCAGCCAAUGAGCGAGUUGUGGAGGCGCCCAAUCAACUGACGCCCGUCUACUCCAAGAGCUCACAGUCGCAAUCAAAGCCGCCGCCCGCAUCGUUGAGUCUACAGGGCGGCGGUCUGGAUGAGAAUCGUCUGACGCCGACGGCAAGUCCAAAGCCAUCCCGACAUGCUCUACGAUUGACGAGUCGCUCACCCUCACCCGCCGCCGUCGCCGUCGCUGCCGGCGGAGGCACAGUCUCCCGGAAGAGCUCGUUCAGCUCGCUAUUCCGGCUCGGCAAGGACUCGCCGGAUUCACCUAGAGAGACGUCUCGAUCGCGCAGCAAGAGCAAAGAGCGACCAUCGACGGCGAUGGCAAUGACAACGACUUCCGGCUCACAGAAUGUGACGCCCAGCAAACAAAAGUCGGUGCUGGCCAUCUUUAAGCCGGGGAAAAGGGGCAGCAGUGCCGGCACCGAUGGCACCAAAAGCUCCAAGAGCUCCUCACCCAUCGAUUGUGCCGAACCGCCACCACCGCCACCACCAGCUCCAGCUCCAGGUAGUGGACGAAGUAGAACACCAGCUGGAUCACGUCCUAACAGCCGGCUGAGAUACUAUGAUGAGCCCGUCGAGGGUUAUAUACACAUACCGCUGCACACGCCGCCGGAGGAGCGAGAGGCGCGCACGUUGCUCCAAGGCAUACAACAGCUGGCGGCGCCAUCACCACCACCGAUGCAUCACGGACUUGUCACGACGUCUGUGCACACUCACGCUCCAACUGGCAGCGCUGGAUCAGUUCCGGCUCCCGCUGGCGCUGGUGCACCCAUCACGGCCAGUCAACUGGCAGCUGCAGCCGCCGCUCUGCGUCCGGUGGGUCAGCGUAAGGCGGUGCAACCACCAUGUCCACCACCACGCACUGUCUCCGAUCUGGAUGCCAUACAAACGCUGCCCGCUCAGGAGGAAUUGCAGAAGCAACAACGCAACUGGAGCUUGGAGGUGCAACGUCACAGCUCAUCACAGGAAUCCCAGGAGACACUGCAAUCGAUCAGCGCCAGGGCGGCAAAUCUGGCUCAGGUCACGGAGCAAGUGGAGCUGGUGCGGCAGAAUGGUUUGGCGGAGAUGCAACGUCUGCCCUCCGUGGACAGCACACAGAGUGCGUGUGAGCCGCGUUUGGUCCAAACGGUGGCCACAGUCAAUGCGCCCAUUGAGGAUCCCGUGGCCAAGGAGCGACGGCGUCUGUUGUUUGCCACACGUUUGGGAUCUGGCAGCCAGGAGCAGCUCUUCUCCACCCAGUUCAGCAUCUCGAAGACGGAGAGUCAAUCGAGCCAGCUCUCCGAGCAGGUACAACUACCCGACUCCGGUUCCACGGCCUCCGACGGCACCAUUGAUGGACUGCAGCGUCAGGGCACCGUUAUACGCCGCACAGAUGUGCCAGAGAAGCCAACCGCUCCCUCCAGCUCCGAGGAGGAACAAACUCCUGCUGCCGUCAUCGUUAGCACCGCUGUCGUCAUGCGCUCCAAGCACAAGUCCUGCUCCAAUUCCGAGGAGGAGACACCAACUGCACCACCAGCACCACCGCCAGCCGCCGAUGUGCGACACUCGCGUUACCUCGAGAACUUCGAUGUGCGCAAAAAGUAUCACGAGAAUGUGACGACACGCGAUGUGAAUACCACGCUCCAGAUGUCCGGACACGGCACUGUGCCCCGCAAGCCGAAGCGACAAAGUGUUUCCGAAGCGAAGCCAGCUGCCAGUAGUUAUACGCCCACAAAAGGUAUAACGCCCACGACACCCACAGCACCAAUAAUUUCGGAACCAUCGGAAUCGAAACCAAAAUCAAUCGAACAGACGGAGGAACACUUAGAACUGGAGGCCUUAUCGCCACUGCCCGAUCGCUCCGAGCUUCUUUCGACGGAUGAGCAUGAACCGAUUGAAUCGUCGGAGAGUGAAAGGGAUUCGGAUAUGGCGGGUAGUUCAUCGGUGGCGACAGCGGUACCAAUGGGCACCGAGGUGAAGCGUCAUCAUUUUCCACGCAACGUGUGCCUGAUUGAGGAGCACGAAAGCACCGGACUAGUCUCCCAAGAGUCCUUCGACGACGAGUUACCCUACAUACCCACAACGCUGCCGGAGGAACGUGCUCAGGGCAUACCCCUGAUACCGAUGAAGGAGCGCGCCAACAUGGAGCUCAAGACAUGUCCUGUGGAUCGACCGCGCUCAACAACACCGCUGAAUCCUUCCCAUCUGGAGGAGUACUGCACUGGCAUAAUGACGCCUCAGGAGUCGCCACAUGCGGGUCACGAUCUGGAUGCCAGUUUGGGCGGCGGUCCUAUGCGCGGCGAGAAAUUGCGCAUCAGUUUGCCACGCAAGGAUUCGACGAUCAAGGAUAAGGGACCGAGCACAAAAUCGCCGCGACGCAUCUCCAAUGCCAGUGGGAAGUCCUGGUUCGAGUUCGCCGAGGAGGGAUUGCGUGCCAACAAUUUGGAACGCAAGGACUCCAAUAAACAACUGCUGCCAGCGGCUCCAACUCCAGUUACCACUGCUGCUGCUCCUGCUCCUGCUGCCCAGACACCAUCGAGUCUGGAGGAGCCCAAGCCCAAGGCUUCCACGCAACGCAAACUCUCCGGCCAUUGGAUUGACUUUGAGAAUAUUCCGGAGAAGCGUAAGCCCGCCAAGCGGAUCACGACGUUGCCAAAGGAGACAAUAACAACAACCACAACGGCCAUUACGAGCGCAUCCUCAGCCUGUGGCAGCACACAUCGCAGCACCGGACAUCCACAUGCCCAUCACAGUCAUACCCAUGCCCAUGGACAUCAUCAUCAUCAUCAGCAGUCGUCGCGACAGGAUGCAUCCGGCGAUAAGUUACACUACAACUACGUUAAGCCGGAGGAUUGCCAGUGCGAGUGUCAUGAGGCGGAGCGCGGUGAAUCCUCUGUCGCCACGGCCGUUACCGGUGACAGAGACAAGGAUACCAGCACGGGCACAGGAACAGGCACGGGAACGGGCAGCGAUUCCCUGGCUUCUGUGGAUAUGGAGUUGCUGCAGCAGGGCGAGGACAUGUUGCCGCUGCUAGAGCCCGAAACGCAACCGGAGACCAGAGUCUACACGGAUGAACCGUUGCCGCCACCGACGCGUCACAGCCAUAAAAAUCAAGCCUCCAGGUUGGAUGAGUUUCCACGUCGCGAUGCCGCACAGAGUUCCAGAAAUCGCAAAUUUCCCGAUAGAAAGGUAGCUAAACAAAUUCUCUCAAUAUCUGUAUCUUUCAAUAUAAGUCGAUCAUGGAGUUAAUUCCGAUCGAUAUCCUUAAUAAAUGUACCUCAAGCAGUGCGGUUGUUAUAAGAAAAUUUUGAGAAAAGAAUAGAAAAAUAAAGAAAAGUUCCAACUUCG